AUGUUGCUUGAGACGGCUAAUAAUAUAGAUUCACUAAUUCACAUAAUCUUUGCUAAUUUAGGUGAUGAUAGAAUAUUAAUAUUUGCAAGUGAUGAACAACUUAAUAUUUUGCAAAAUGCACGCGAAUUUAUCGUCGAUGGUACAUUUAAAGUGGUACCAGAGAUAUUUUAUCAAUUAUAUAUCAUUCAUAGCGUGCACCGGGAUCAUGUAAUUCCAGUUAUCUAUGUUCUAUUACAUCGAAAAAAUGCGGAUACUUAUUAUCGUUUAAUCAAUAAAAUACUCAAGUUUGCGCCUCGUUGGUCUCCACGCUCAAUCAUGCUCGACUUUGAACAAGCUUGUAUUGGCGUUUACCAAACAAUGUUCCCUACCGUCUUAUUGUCUGGAUGCUAUUUUCACUUAAGACAGAGUAUACAUCGUAAAUUACAGGCACUACGACAUAAAAAUCAAUAUGAAAGUGAUCCAUUAUUCGCGCAUAAUGUUCAUAAAAUAGCGGCUUUGGCAUUUCUGGAACCAACGAACGUCAUUAAUGGAUUCGAACAUUUAUCAAUUGAUCUUGGUGAUGAUUACGAAACAAUUCUUGAUUACUUUGAAGAAACUUACAUCGUCGAAAUUCUGAAGCCUCACAAUUCAGUGUAUUCAUCUGUGAUUCAUACGAAUACAAAUGAUGCUCAAGCGGAGUGCAGUACUUCAACAAGUAGCGAAGAUUCUAGUGGAGAUGAAUCCGACAGCUCAGAUAACACCGAUUCGAGCAAUAUAAAUGAAGCAAAACCCAAGCGCCGUAAAAAAAAAGACGAGGCUACUAAGUCAUUAUCAACAUUAGCAAUAACAACAAACGCAAAUUUACCAAAUCUACCAUUAUCAUCAUUAACAACACUGACAAUUAAACAAAUCCAUUCGAAUUGCCUCAUGAUCGAAAACAUCGACAAGAAACUUAUAACAAGUUAA